GAAAUGUUUUGAUGAUCAUUCAAAAUGGUUAUAAAAAUCAAAUCAGCUAUAUAGUUUCUCUAUCAUUGUGGCAAGACUGGCAAGUUUAUACUUUUAAAGAGUGAAUUAAUUCAGCUAAAGGUCAAGUGGUUCAAACCCAUUAAAAAACAAACAACACCUGUCAAAAGUGUCAAAUAAACGUCGUUGGCACGUGGUGUCCACUGUCGGUCAGCGAGUGGUGGAGUAGUGGAGUUAUUCGUGUUGUCUUUAAUUUUUACCACAUUUUUGAUAGAAAAAUUGUGUUUUAGUGACAAAUUACAGAUACAGUUUUGUGCAAGACGUUAUAACAGUAAUCUUCUGCUUCUAUAAAUUAUGCAGUAAAUUUGGCUGAAAAAAAUGGCUGCGACCUCCUUAGCGGAACAGCUUCAAAAGCUGACUGUUCCUCAAGCAACAAUCUAUAAAGAUGACAAGAAAAAGGCAUCGUUACUUUUCGACCCAAAAGUAGCCGCUACUAAGGAUCGUGAUACGUUCUAUGAGAUCGGUCUAAGCGGCCUUCAAGAACUUAUAGCUCUGUACGAAGGUUUCAGACUGUAUGAAGACACUCUCUUCAGUUUAUCAUCAAAAGAUUUUGAAAGAGCCAUGCAGAGCAAAGAAGUCAACCAGAACCUUGAUCAAACCAUCGAGAAAUUUCUGUUACUACUGUCUCCAUAUUUACUCCUGGAAUCUUCUCACAAAGCAUUGGAAUGGCUAGUGAACCGUUACCACAUUCAUCAGUACAAUCAAGAUGCAAUCUUAGCUCUAGUAUUACCAUACCAUGAGACAAAAAUAUUCAUCCGUUUCGUUCAGAUAUUGGAUUUGAAAGCAUCUAACAGAUGGGGAUGGUUGAAACCUAUACAGAAAAACGGUAUACCAUUAGCGAAGCAGCUCAUGUACAAUCAGUGCAUAUCAAACAUAGAUACUCUACAAUACAUAGCAAAAACCACAGUCAAAUAUGUACAAGAAUUUGGUGAGCGUGCCUCACAACUGAACACAGUUUUUGCAUUCUUCUGUUCAACUACCAUUGGGGCUAUAAAUACGGUAAAAAAAGUUAAAGAAAGCAUGAUUAAUGCUCUUUUGCCAACUCUGAUGAAAGCUUUAGAAUCACCGGUCAUAGACUUCAGAUCAUCAGCAUAUGUUAUAUUAGGCUUUUUGUCAACUAAAGCAAGCAUAAAGGAGGAAACUUUAAAUGCAAUUAUUCAUAAAAUCUUGACUACCGAAUUUGACCAACUGUCGUAUGAUAUGGCAUUACUCAUCAACUUGCUAUAUACAAACCAGUCACACAUCACUAAGGUAUCAGAAGUUAUUCUUCAUGAGAUGUCUGCGGAUGUCUUGGCCAACUUUGGUAGACAUUUGAAGAAACUUGUUGAGCAGAAGAUCAACAUUCAUCCAUUUACGUUGGCUUUCCUGUCAAGCAUCCUUCCAGAAGUACAAAGUGAUGUGGAUGAGUUCCGAAGCUUCAGUCAGUUGGUGGAGAUUUUUAUUGAUGAAGUAAAUUUGAAAGAUCAACAGCCUGAAAAGGUUAUCAAGUGCAUCCUUGACCAUUACAAUCUCAAGAAAGAUGCUAAUAAUACUCCGGAUGGAGAUGAAAGUGACAUUGAAUUUUUUGAUGAUGAAGGAAACUUCUCCAGCAAAGUCCUCUAAUGGUACUCAGCACUGCUCAAGACUGUUGAAACGAAAUAUCCAGAGGCUUUCGACAAAGUCAUAAAGAAGAUAAUGAGUUCUGAAGAGAAUAUAUCGUCUAAGAGAAAGAAGCUACUGUCUAAAGUACUAGGAUUCAACCCUGCAGUUGCUCACAAAGUCGGAGACGCAUAUUUGUUUGAAAACCUCAAUCACGUUAAUCCGGAAUUACGUAUUGAAGCUGUGAAGUACAUUGGUAAAGAAUUUGCGUCGUUGAAAGCGGAAAAUGCUGAUUUUGUAAAAGAUUCUCUUGUUAAUAGACUCAAUGACGAGGAUCCAUCAGUUGUCACUGCAGCUUUAGACCUACCGACAAUGUAUUUGAAAGAGGUUCUUACUGAAACUGAUCUAACUGAAAGUUUUAUCAAAAUUAUUUCCAAAGGAUCUAAGAAAUGGAGGCCUGUGGUACGAAAAGCGAUUACCAAGUUCUGUUCUCUUGACAUACUGCCUGUAAAUCAAGAAACUGUGUUGGCGUUAGUUCCUUACCUAUUUCCGCACGAUGAAAACUCAGCUGAGUUGACUUGGGAUAUUUUAUGUUCACCAUGGGGAAAGAAGUUUCCACUCACUAAGAAUAUAAAGGGUCUCAACAAGACGUUUAAAGAUAAUCCUGAAGUGUUGAAUCAAGUGAUAUUCAAAGUUCUAUUUGACGACAGAAAAGUAAGCUUUGAUGAUAUGCUUGAUGUCCUACAGCUGAACAAAGAUAACACUCUUGAUAUUUGUGUGUUCCUGCUCCUAAAGUCUUGCUCAUUUGCAAAAUCAACAGUGGAAGAGAUUACAGAUGUAUUGAAUUUGCUCUUGGAAUCUGUCGAAAACAGGGUCAUAGUAUCUAGUUCAGGAAGCCAAGCAUUUUCAAAAGAUAUUAUACCCGAAUUUGUCAAACUAGCCAGACAGGAUAAAAUACUAUUUGAAACUAUGGAAUAUAUUUUCUCAAGAAUCAUUGAGGAUAUAAAUAUUACAAAUAUUCCAAAGCCAUGGUGUAACAUCUGUGAGUCAGUUAAAACUAUUCUCGUUAGAAGAUUAUACGAAAUAUUCGUUACUGGAUGUGCGAUUCCCAGUUAUGGAGAAAACUACUCUAAAUUAUUACAGAAAUUGCUCGGGAAAUGUUUCCAAAAUCCUAAAGAAAAGUUUGAUUUCAUUGCUAAUGUCGCUUGUGGACAUAUACUUUAUGCUUGCGACCCAAAAGAUGUUGUUAGUCCCGAACUUCAACUUCGAAGUCUCAAAUUGCUUACCAAUUUCAUCGCUGUGCAGGAAGAGGCGAAAUGGCUCCACGAUUCCGAUGUAGUCCUCUUAACAGUUCUCUUUGACUUGAAUAAUCCUAUUGCAGCUAUCAGAGAAUGCACUAUUGAUUUCGUCAUAGCCUUGUUAUGGGAAGAGCAUGAUAAAAAUCUGGUUUAUUCACAGUUGUUGAGAGAAUUGCUGUCCCACAAAGAAGAGCUGUUAUUGGACCAUGAACAAGUUUUGCACAUUAUGAAUACAGUCCUCACUAAACCAACUUCAGAGAAUAAAGCAUUCAAAAAGAAUUGCUUAGCGAAAUUUUCAAACAUUUUAACCGGAGAUACUCCAGCCCAUAUUAAAGCGAGCUUUUUGAAGAUUCUCUCUCUGUUCAACAAUGCAAACUCAUUCCCUGUUAUUGUGACAUCUUUGAAUUCUGUUGAAGAAAAACUGAAGGAAAUGGACACUAAAGUAAUGUUGGACAUAUAUGAAUCAAAUCUGUUGAAAAGUGUUUACAGCCACAUUAAUGAAUCAACUAUUUCUACAAUUGCAAAGGACCAAGUUUGGAAAUAUAUUGAAAUGGGUUUGAAGGAAUACAGAGAGUGCUUAUUGGAAGAAGAUCAGACAUUCAGUAGUCCCUGUGUAUUGAUAUUGAAGCAAAUCGAUGAAGAUGUCUUCAAAAAAGUCCCUGGAACAAAGUCGAAAAGUUUAGUAUAUCUGAUAACUUCUGCUGGUGCUUUCAGCAACAAUCCUACAAUAUCGAGCGCAGCGUCAAAAGUCAUGAAGAAAGUCCAUUUAGAUUUUGCUGACUUCAAACCGAUUUUAGAAGAAAUGUUGAAUGCACAAGAUCCGACUAACACUUCGCAGAAAAAGAAAUCUACAGUAUCAUUGAUAUCAUACCAGUUGACAGAGACUAAUGAAUGGAGACUAGGAAUAGCGUUGCUUGAAUACGUUCAAAGUAAAAAGAGAAUGACAGUUGACGAUUAUUUCGUGAACAUUCUAUUUCAACUGCUGAAAAAGUGCAUGAGAUUCGAAGAGCAAUCCUACGUGGAAUAUACAAAGCAACUAAUACUGUCAUCGCUGUGGUAUUAUUGUAAGAAAUUUGUUGAUGAUACAGACAAAGAACAGCUAAAGUCUCUCAAAUCCAUAUUUGACGUAGAGCUAGUGGUACAAUGUAUCAGGGGCACUCAGAAUCCUCAAACUCAUCACCAUGCCUUGAUAUUAUUGUCUCAUGCUGCUUAUAUGAUGCCUGAACAGGUACUCCACCACACAAUGGAGAUAUUCACUUUCAUGGGCUCAUCAGUACUGAGACACGACGAUGCGUACAGUUUCCAGAUUAUUAUCAAAAUCAUAGAAACUUUGGUACCGAUUUUAGUAAAGUUAGAUAAGAAUGUCGAAGAUUACACAGAGAAGGAACUUCAGCAGUUACAAAAACGUGUAGUUCCAGUUCUUCGGAUAUUCGCGGAUGUAGUUCUUCAUGUACCGGAACACAGAAGGUUACCAUUGUACACGAAGCUUAUAGAAACCCUGGGGCCUAGUCAGUUCCUUUGGGUAUUCCUGGGUUUGUUAUUGGAGACUCACAUAGUUCAUUGCAAAGAUACCAAGAAAGACGACAAAAGAAAACGUAGAACUUUGGCUGAUCAGGAAUCGCCGAUAAACAGACUCGAUUUCGGACAAAGUCUGGUCUUAGAAUUUCCACCUGAAAUUGGAUUGGAGAACUUUAUUAAGCUGAUUGUUUAUAUCAAAUCUUUGCCACUACAGAAGGAUAAGAACUCAAUGGAUACUAACGUCGAUUCUAGUGACAUAUUUAGUAUAAAUGGACAUACGGCAGUCCAACUACGUCAUUACAAAUACGUCAUCAUAACUUUCAUGAAUACUUGCUUAGCUUCAUCCAGAUUUAUCCAGCACUGCAGUCAAGCAACUGAUAUUAAGACUAUGGAAGGCCGCUACAAAACGUUGAUAGUCAACAUUUUGACAUUCAUACAGAAUAUAUCUAAGGUCAAUGAUGACAAGGGGACUUAUUGGAAGGUGAUGUUACAUCACAGUUAUGACUUGCUUGAUCACACCAAUAAUUUACUAUCAGCUUCCAUGUUCGUAUCAGUAGUUAGAGGUUUGUUGGAGCAUAACCUUGUGACAGUCCGAAGAAAAGCGAUGGAAUUAUUGAACUCCAAAAUACAGUUCAGCCCGGAAAUGUUCGAAACAGUCGACAAAGAACUCAUGUACUCUUUACUGCCAGCUUUAAUUGACAUUGUUAAAACAGUCGGAAGUAAAGAAGAAGGUCAUAGCGACACUGCCUUCCAAGAAUUAGAACUGAAUCAGCAAACUGCUCUUCUGACUUUGAAGUUGCUUACCAGACUCCUAGCAUCUGAUAACCCUGAAAGAUUCAAGCCCCUUUUGGAAACAAUCACGGAUCUUACAUGCAAUCCAAGCAUUUCUGGCUACGUUAUGGCUUCAGUCGUGUUAUGCCUGGCGGAAUUAUGUGGCAACUUAAAAGCACAUGCUCUAGCAAGUCUAAGGAAGUUUAUGCCGGCAUUAAUAAAGGUUUUGAAGAAGCAGCGAAGUGCUGAGACUCCUGAAGUAGUCCUACUAAGUACUGUAACAGCGAUAACCAAGAUUGUUGAAAGUCUUCCGCUGUUUUUAAGCCCAUAUCUACAGAAAAUCUUAUAUGAGUACUCGAUACUGCUGGCGAAAUGGCAGAAGUACGAUCAAGAGUGCGCUAAAGUCUCUGCUAUUAUAACGAAACUGUUGAAUAUUAAGAAGAAAAUAGCCAGUUCUAUUCCGCCAAGAGUUUUGAUCCCAGUUGCAAAUGAGACCCAUCAGCUGCUUUUGGAGAAAGAGAACUUUGACGCAAUUGGCCCUGUGAUGUCAGUGUUGGCAGAGAGCUUUGGAAACAUCACUCCGGCUGAUUUUAACACGCUACAGCACGAUUUGACUACUUUCUUCCUAUCAGCGUUGCAGCUACGAAGCGAUGCUGUUGAGAAGAAUGUGGAUUCUGACGUCAUCGAUAGAGCAGAAGAUGAAGUGGUUAACGCGCUUGUUUCUCUAGUUCUGAAGCUGUCAGAAACAAGCUUCAGGCCAUUUUAUUUCAAGAUCUACGACUGGGCUAUACGGACCAAUGUUGAAGGGCAUAAAGAUAGAGCUAUUACAUUCUACAGGUUAAGCAGCGCAAUAGCAGACAAACUGAAGGGCCUUUUCGUGCUGUUCGCUGGCCACUUUAUAAAGAAUGCUGCAGAAUUAUUAGACGCUUGUAACACUAGCAAAACUGAGGACUUAUACUUCGAUUCGGAAGACAAGUGCAUUACAUUGAUCAACUAUGUCGUAAAGACGUUGCAUAUCGUCUUCUUAUACGACAGUCAGAGUUUCAUAAAUAAAGAUAGAUUUGAGACCCUUAUGCAGCCGGUUGUGGAUCAAUUGGAGAAUGCACUUGGAGGGAUUUCCAAGCUAAAGACGAGGGCCACAGAGUCAUUAAUCCCUUGUAUAUCGCAGUUUGCAGUGGCAACGGCCGAUGAUUCGCUUUGGAAACUCUUGAAUUACCAGGUUUUGUUGAAGAUCAGACAUAAUGAUGCUGAAAUAAGAUUGAUUGCCCUAGACUGCUUGGUUGCCAUGGCAACGCAGCUAGGCAGUAGCUGGCUCCCUCUACUGGCAGAAAGUGUACCGUUCUUAGCCGAACUUCUAGAAGAUGGCGACUCUAGAAUAGAAGCCGCUACUAAAGAUGCCAUUAGAAAGCUAGAACAAAUACUAGGGGAACCCCUAGAGAAAUACUUUUAAGAUUUUAAUUUCAUAGUCGUAAGUAAGAAAUGUUUUAAGUAUUUUUAAAAUAUACAAUUUUAUGGUUAUUAA